UUUUUAUUUGUAAAGAUGAGGAAAAGGAAAUUAUACAGUAAAAUUUCCUUGGAAAAUGCAUUAGAAGACAUGAGGAAGAACAAGUUGUCUGCGGAAAAAGCCUCAAUAAAACAUGGUGUACCAGUCCGUACCCUACGCUACAGAUGUAAAGAAAAACUUAAAGGGUUCCCUAACCGGUGUCUUACUCACAACCAGGAAACGAGCUUGGUACAAUAUGUUAAAUACUGUGCAGAAAGAGCCUUUCCUUUGACACGGAAAAUGAUAAAGGCUUUUGCACGAGAAAUGAUCAUCAAGGAACAAAGUCAAGAUAAUGAAUUAACAGUCAAUGUUAAUUAUGGUCCAUCCAAUAAAUGGUUCAGAGGGUUCAUGAAGAGACACCCAGAAUUAAGAAUAAGGACGCCAGAUUCAAUCGACCGGGGUCGAUAUGGUAUGGCCAACACAACAGUUAUCAACAAUCAUUUCCAACUGCUGGAAAAAUGCUUGAAAGAUAUGGCGAUAAUGGACAAACCUGAUAGCAUAUACAAUGUGGACGAGACUGGGUUUAGCAAAAUGGACAAACGAGAGAAGGUUCUAACAGAGAGGUCAAGGAAACAUACUUAUGCAAGAAGUGUUUCAUCAACCUGCCACAUCACAGCAAAUAUCUGUGUAUCAGCUGAUGGACAUGUACUUCCAACAUUUCUCAUUUUCGAAAACAGUUUCCCAAGUGGAAGUUACAGAGAUGGUGUUCCUAGAGAUUGGUUGUUUGGUACCUCACCAAAUGGCUACAUGGACGGCGAACUGUUCUACAAAUGGUUUGAAUCAGUGUUCUUACCAAAUGUUCAUAAACGACCUGCCUUACUGGUCCUUGACAACCACGAGAGUCAUCUCACUCUCAAACUACUACAGCGGGCAAAGUCAGAGAAUGUGGAGCUGUACGGGUUACCUCCACACACAACACAUGUAACCCAGCCUUUGGAUGUGGCCCUUUUCAAACCCCUUAAAUCCAAAUUUUCUGACAUUGCUGUCAAUUUGGGGUAUGCCAGGAAAGAUCUGAUGAUUGGCAAGGCAAAAUUUGCACCAGUGUUGUCAUCCGCCAUUGAUCAGUGCUUCAGUCCACACCAUAUCAAGGAGGCCUUCAGAAAGACUGGCAUUUUCCCUUUUAAUCCCAAGGUGAUUGACCAGAACCAACUCGCCCCUGCUGAACCCAACCAGCAUCUUCUAAAAGAAGUAACUCCUGACAAUCCACCUGAAAAACAGGACAUUCUUUGCCAUGCCUGUGGUCAUUUUAUUGGGCAAAAUCCUUUGGUUUAGCAGGGUCUGAUUCCUGAAAACCUCUCAGAGAUAUUUCUCCCCAUCUUUCUG